CCGGGAGUCACCGCAUCGGACACGUCGAUCGCGAGCGAUGACGUCCACGAGCCAGCCAUGGGUGGAGAAAUACCGCCCGCGCAACAUCAACGACGUCGCACACCAGGAAGAGGUCGUCCGAACCCUCGAGAAGGCCCUCGAGACCGCGAACAUGCCCCACAUGCUCUUCUACGGGCCACCGGGCACCGGCAAGACCACCUGCGCGCUCGCCAUCUGCAGGCAGCUCUACGGCCCCGAACUCAUCAAGUCGCGCGUGCUCGAGCUCAACGCCUCCGACGAGCGCGGCAUCAGCGUGGUGCGCAACAAGAUCAAGGGGUUCGCGUCCACGGCCGUCGGACAGGGCGCCCCGGGGUACCCAUCACCGCCCUACAAGAUCCUCAUCCUCGACGAGGCUGACUCCAUGACAAACGACGCGCAAUCCGCGCUCCGUCGAACGAUGGAGACCUACUCCAAGGUGACGAGGUUCUUCAUCCUGUGCAACUACAUCUCGCGGAUCAUCGAACCCAUCGCGAGCCGGUGCGCCAAGUUCAGGUUCAAGCCCCUCGGCCACGAGGUCAUGGGCGACCGGCUCAAGUUCAUCGCGACCGCGGAGGGAUUGACCCUCGGCGAGGGAUGCUACGAGGCGUGCUCGACGCACUCCGGCGGGGACAUGCGCAAGGCCAUCACCCUGCUGCAGUCCGCCGCGAGGCUCUUCGGGACGGCGACCAUCACGGGGAAGGAGAUCACGGCGGUGGCGGGUGCCGUGGACGAGGAUCAGGUCGCGCAGGUGGUCGCGCUCUGCAAAACCAACCAGGUGGACGGCGCGAAUAGGAUAAUCGAGUCGAUCCUCAAGGACGGCUUCCCCGGCCUGCAGAUCAUCACGCAGUUCGCCGAGAGGGUCGUCGACGACGAGGGCGUGAGCGACGCGGUAAAGGGGAAGAUAUGCGCGAGGAUCGCGGAGGCGGAUAAGGCGCUGGUGGACGGGGCGGACGAGUCGCUACAGCUCAUGGCAAUCGUGUCAACCGCGUGCGUCGCGAUGAAGGCGUGAGCGGCGGAUCGUGCGUUUAAUAAAGAAUCACUCACUCGCGGUU